GACUAACAGCCCAGGGACAAACUUCAUUUUACAACCAGAGGCAACAUCUGUGUGGAUCAGAACGUCUGACACUUCAUAUGGUGAGUACAAUAGUACGAUAGUAGACAAGAUAGAUAGAUAUUCUAUUCUAUUUUAUUGGUUUUAUACACCAUUUGGUCAUCAUCCAGCAUUUUCCCUCAAUAUUACUUGACAUUAUUCAUCUCACCAACAUGUGAGAUAAAAAUAUACAUAAAAGCGGCAGGACUUAACAAAAACAAAGCUGAAAGCUGAAACUGAAGUGGAAGAUCUAGAGCUGCAUAAAUCUCUUUGGACAAAGAAUGAAGGUAACAGUCAAUCAUGGGAUGUUUUUUAGUAAACUAAAAAUCUUCUAAUUAUCUUUCUUAUAAUAACGAAUAUCAAAGUCAGAGUAAAAGAAAAUUCUAGAGAUAAAAGUGUACUUUUUAAAGGAGAGGUAAGGGAAAAGUUGUGGAAAAUAUAGCUGAAAAUAUGAUGAAACUCACAAUUUUUGAGACUGAGCUCUGUGUUUCUUUUGAGGGGGAUUUAAUCAUUCACCUUACAUACACUUUUAACUCUUCUGUAGUUUUGGCAUAAAUUUUCUGAAGUUGACAAGAAAAAGAGAUUUAAUUUAAAAUCUGACUCUUAAACUGAUGAUUUACAAAGUUUUACAGACACAGUUUUACUUUAUGAACAGUGAAAACACAAAGAGCUUAAACGCCACAAAAUCCACAAAAUGAAAACCUAAUUUUUACACAAAAGAUCAUUUAAGCUCUAUGAAAUUUGUAUGUGCUCAGUUACAUCAUUAAAACAAGUUAUUUAAACCCUACAGGAAAUAGUGAAUUUAACUAAUUAUUUGUGAAUUUCACUGUUUUUAUUUUGACCAUUCGGCAAAUGACCAAAUAAGACAAAAUACAUUGUUCAGCUGUUGAUUUACGUUUCAAACGCCAUUUUUCCUCUUUUCAGCUUCAGACUUUUGGUAAAAUCUUUUCAAGAUGAAUGCCUCUGCCUUUGUGAUACUAGUCAAAAUUUUUAAGCUGUAAUAAUCAAAUUGAUUUAAACUUAAAAUGUGCACAUAAACUUUUAGGCUAUUUAAUGAAAAGAAAAUGGGUUGUGUCUAAAUGCUGGUACUUGUGGGUUUCCUAAAAAAAAUAAAAUAAAGGAGCGUGUCUGUGGUGUAAAGACUGUAUGAUAAAUGUGGAAGUGUUUCUGCCCCAUCAAACAGACUGGAACCAAAUACCUGAAGCUCAGAGGUUUAUUUGUUUGUGCAUAAAAGAGUCUUUUCAUUAAUGUACAGGAGCUCACAUCCUUCUCAGUGCAGCUCUGUGUUUCCCGCAGAUUUCAUCAUCAUCAUAAUCAUCAUCAUCAUCAUCAUCAUAAAAAAAAAAAUGAUAAUAAUCCAUCAUCGUUUUUUUCUCAUGAUUGACAGUUUCUUUCAUUCUUUGUCCAAAUAUUGUGUAAUGCGAAGUUUAUCUAAAUGCAAAAGGGAAGCGCCAAAACAACAAGCUUUGAACACUGAAGCUUGAUUUUAGAGUCUUCCCUUUGCUGAAAAUAUUAAAGCUACAACUUUAUUCAUUAUUAUGCACGGAUGUCUGGAAACACUGACUUUUUCUAUCUGAAUAAUAAAAGCAUUGACUGAGCUCCUCCCGCAUGCACGCUCAGGUUGCAGCCACACAGAGGCACAUUCAGAGGCAGCUUUGGUUAACAAAUGUUCUUAUCUCAUGCACAAUCUUUAAAAGAAACAGAUGUGUGUCCUCUGAGCACUGAUGCCAUCUUCUCUAAAAAACCACAGAGGGUUGUUACAGCAUUUCCUGACCCCGGUCAUCAGAGGAGAGAUGAAAGCAGAAGUUUAAGCUUUUCUGCUGUGGAUCAGCAUCUACAUCAUCUCUGCCACCCAAAAAAAAAAACCUAAAGUGUGACUCAUCUUCAGAAAAAAAGAGAAAAAAUUGACGAGAAAAGUCUGGGUUGAACUUCCUGCAGAAACGCUGCAUUUUUUUAGACAUGUCAUCUUGAAACCUUUUACAACAUGGCUACCAGCUGGAGACACAAAUACUGUAUAUAAAGACACUAGGGCCUGUCCACACAUGUGCUUUCUUUCUUUUUUCUUAAGCGUCCAGGCUGGUGUGGACUGGUGUUUUAGAUCUGAUUCUGUCUGUUUUCUUCAAUUUGAUUGAUGUCUCUUUCCCUCUGCAGCUUCUUUUUAAUAAAGCAAUUUUUUUAUUUGUGUAUAGAUAUCAUCUGAAAGCAGAUUUUGCUGCGGGUCGAGCCAGCAGGCUAAAAAUAAAAGAAUCAGGUCUGGAUGACAAAAGACACCCUGGUGUCCUCCUCUGACUGUAAAUGUUCUGUUUUCACAGACAAGGAUGAAGGAAGACGGUGUUGGACAGGGAUAAAUCAAUUUGAGGGGGGCGAGAGUGUGUGAACAGCAGGACAAACAGGAGUACACAGCAGUUUUUAUUUGUGCACGUGCCUCAGUGUAAACAGAGCACUGUAUGUUCACUAUACAAGGAUAAAAGGUUUCUGCAGGGAGUUAAAGGGGGUUUUAUCCGGAAACUGCUUUGUGACUCUUUUGAUGAUGUUUAGAUGCAGUAUAAAGUUUCAGGUAUAUCAAAAGAUCAGCUAUUACAGCCUCAUGAAUCCUAGCAUGCGUCAUCAGCUCCUCUUUUCAUAAACCUUUGUGAACCAGCAUACCAGUUUUCUGAGUCUGGAGAGUCAAGUGUUGUCCCAUUCUGGCCUGAUAGAGGAUUUCAGCUGCCCUAUAGUUCAGGGUCUCCUUUGUCCUGUUUUUGGUGUCAUAAUGCUCCGAAUGUUUUUAAUGGAGGACAAGUCAGGACUGCGGGAAGACCAAUUUAUUAGCAGAAAUCUUCUACUACAAAGCCAUGCUGUUGUAAUCCCUGUUGUCAGAAUGUGGUUUGUCAUUGUCUUACUGAAAUAUAAAGGUCUUCCUUGAAAACCUCAUUGUCUGGAUGGUAGCAAAUGUUGUUUCCACUCCAGAGUCAUGUCUGUUUUUGAUGCUGUACUGCCUGAGGGCCUGAAGAUCAGGACCAUCCAGUCUUGGUUUUGGUCCGUGUCCCUUUAGUACAGAGAUUUCUUCAGAUUCUCUGAAUCUUUUAAUGAUAUGAUGUUCUGUAGAUGAUCAAAUCCACUCAUUCUUUCACAUUUGACAUUAUUCUAAAACAGUCUCUCACAGAAUGGUGAACCUGUUGAUGGGUUCUCCUCUUCAGACUGUGGGGUAAUUAAGGCUUAUUUUUAAAAAAAAGUUUCGAAUCAAAUAUUCCAAAUAAGUCAAACCUGUUUGAGGAGCUCUGCAGCUUGUCGUUUGUCAUCACUUAUUUCUUCAACCUUUAGUCUGAUGAGAAAUAAUAUUUCUGUGUAUUAUGUUAACACUCACCUGUCCACUCCUUGGAGCAUCUUUUAGUCCGCUGAACUCUUAUGAGGACAGGUUAAUGAGAUUAUAUGUUUGCUCAGCACAGGUUUUUUCGGCCAUGUUGACCUGCGAGAAAGGAAAAAAAUACUGCUCCUGAUGAUGGUAUUCUUACUGUGUUUUUUGUGUGUUUUCAGGAAUGGAUCACCUUAACUCCACCAGCUCACCCACCAACCAAUCAGACCUGAGCAGCAUCUUCACUGACCAUGUCCUCCCGCCAUUCUACUUUGUGAUCUGCAUGGUCGGGUUUUUCCUGAACGGUUUGGCAGCCUUCAUCUUCAUCAGAGUUCCCUCUGAUUCAGGCCUGGUGGUCUACCUGAAGAACAUGGUGGUGGCUGACCUCCUCAUGCUCUCCACCUUCCCCUUCAGGAUGGCAGCUCAGCUGGGUCUGGGUGGCUGGCGCCUUCAUGUGGUCAUCUGCCGCUAUACUGCUGUGCUCUUUUACUCUUCCAUGUACAUAGGGAUCCUCUUCAUGGGCUUCAUCAGCCUUGAGCGCUACAUCAAGAUCGUUAGACAUGCCUCCUCCUCCUCGCCUUCCUGCAGAUCCAGGUUUGGUGGGUUGACCUUGCCACACCUCCUGCAGAGUGUUGGAUUUGCUCGGGUGCUGGCAUUCCUCACCUGGAGCCUCCUCCUCCUCAGCGUUCUCCCCAACGUCGUGCUGACCAGUGGGGAGGCGAAUGAGACAAACUAUAAAAACUGCAUGAAACUGAAAACGGAGUUGGGUGUUCAGUGGCACAAGGUGUCCAAUUUCUUCUGUAUUGGCUUGUUCUGGUUGACCCUGCUGGUCCUUGCCUUCUGCUACACCUCCAUCAGCUGCCGCGUUUACCAGUCGUAUCGCCGUGUGCGCUGCAACAACAGCAACAUCAACAGCACAGUCUGCCACAAGCUUCAUCGCAGCAUCUUCAGCCUCCUGGUGGUCUUCUUUAUCUGCUUUGUGCCCUACCAUGUCUGCCGUGUCCCUUACACUCUGAGCCAGAUGCCAGAGUCAGGCUUCAGCCAGCACUCCCGCUUCGUGUUGUUCCAGCUGAAGGAGGGGAUGCUCUUCCUGUCUGCGCUGAACGUCUGUCUGGACCCUGUCAUCUACGUCCUGAUGUGUCAAAACUUCAGAGAGUCUCUGCUGAGGAAGCUGUCAGGAAGAGAGAGGAGGAGAUCCCUGACUACGGCCCAGAGUCUGAGCCGGGUCAAUUUAAGAGGAGAGGAAACAAGGUCAGGAGACAUGGAAGGGAGGAGGGGAGACGAAACACAGGAGGACCAAGUACCUUUUCAUAAGAAGACCUAGAGAUAUGUGUGAACGUUGAUGGAUUAGUCUAGGGUUAGGGUUGGCACUGAUUGUGACAGCACGCAUCUUUAUUGUAGUUCCUGUUUUGUUUCUCACAGGCUCAGGUAUUUAUUUUAAGUGGUACAUUACAUGAAAGAUCCUGAAAGAAAUAAGGGAUAUUUCCAUUUGAUGUGAGACUAGAUGUAGCUACCAACCGCAGAGAACCAGGUCAAGACAAAAAACGUCCAUUUUACUCAUAUUGUGGCAGUUUCUGUUUAACUGCUGACUUGAUUGUUUUUUAUGACACUGAAUGCUACGCAUUUUAGAUCAGUCCUAUUCACACAAGUGUUACACAAAAAUGCAAAUACAGUGACAGCUAAGGGCAGAGGUAGACCAGCAACUCCCAUCCUUCAUGAGCAAAAACCUCUGUUUUUAUCAGUGUAGUCUGGAGGCUUUAAAGACAGUGUAGGUCAAAAGCCCCCUCUCUCUCUAAUAUAAAGCUCUGUAUCUAUAGGGAUCCUUAUUUUAAUGUUGUUAAACACUUAAAAGAACAACCUGAGCCUGUCAGGGACAACAACAAGAACUUCAGAUGACAGACACAAAACACCCAAACAGAGCUACACAAACAGUAAGCCUAUAAAAUGAUGAACUCAUAUUUUCAAGAACCAAGAGGAAUUAAGGUAAGUAAGGAAGAAAUAAGGAGGGGAAGCUCUGACGUGGAAGUGAAACUGGACUCUGAUGACUGGGCAUCAAACCUGCAGGACCAGACUCUUUCUCCUUCAAAGUUAUCACGGCAGUGGUGGACCGCCUUCAGUAAAAUCAGCUGAUGUAGUCAUGAGUCACUACUGAGUCUCUGUUGGCUGAACUUUGUAAAUGGACAGAUUUUUGGACUAAGCUGCAGAAAAAACCUCAAAAACUGACUUAAACUGACUAGAGGACAGUCUAUGCACACAAGAAAGGGGUACAGGGUCAGUCCUUUAUUCCCCUCCGCUGUGACAUUAUGCAUGAGUCAUUUAGAGUCACCUUAGAAAAAUUAUUAGAAAAAUAACCUUUUGCUGUUCAUUUUUGUUCUUUUUUUCAGUAGAUAAAGUUGCUCUUUACAAAAGAGCCAAACAAGCUUUAAACACAAAUGCAUAACAUGUCUCAUUUGUGCUCUUAAGUGGUUAGUGUCUGUAAAACUUAAAAAGAAAAAAAAAAGAUUUUUCUUUUUUUUUUUUUGCCCAUGGCAGUAUCAUUCUAUGGCCACUAGAGGGUGGUGUACCCACACUUCGACACUCCAGAAGACUCAGCUGAGUGCUGUUGUAACACAAAUGCUUAUUUGUGUCCAUAAAUGUACAUAACAUGUAUUUUUCUAAUUCUGACUUACAUGUGUUAUAUCUAACUAUCAUAAUUUGUCUAAAGAUAACUGUUUUUGUACAAAUUUUUCCAUCAUAUUUUAGUUUUGUGCCCUUGAUGCAGUGGCAAGCGGUCCUAAACCUUUUAUAAAAUAAAGUCUUUGAAGCUUUUCAGUUUGUGAUGACUAUUGCAUCUCUUGCUAACUAAGCAAUUCCUCUUUUUUGUAACUGAUUCAUGUAUACCUCUUUCUGUCUUUUGACAAAAACCUCAGCUUGCUUCUUUUUUAACAGAAAAUCCACCACACAUCAGGAACCUGUGUUAAAAUAGGAUGUUUUUAGCAGUAUGUAGUUACACUGUCUUAAAACUGCUGUUUUGGCCUUUAGUGUUGCAAUACCACACCGUGACCACUAGAGGACAGUGUAAGAAUAUGAAUAUUAACCCUAGAGGUGAUUAUCCAUCCAAAGUUUACAGAUGAUAAGCAAGCCUUCAAACACUUUCACUGUAUACUUCCAAAAUAAAAUUAUGUGUCAAAAAUUCUCCACAAAUUAAAACCAUGACCUAAAAGACUACCCGGACCUCACCUGCUGCUCUCUUCUUCCUACCAGAUGGACGCAUUGGCACUGAUAAAGGCUCUAUCCUAACUCAAGUAUGGAAAUUACACUCCUGGUUGUCUGGCCUGUUAGCUUUAAGGAUAGAUGAGUGUAAACUUAUACACCCUUUCAACUGGGGACCUUGGUUUCUUAACAUGUUCAUCACAGGUAAUAGGUUAGUAACAAGGGACAACAACCGUUUGGUGGUUGUCAGAGAAGUUUAUUUGUCCAACUGAAACUGGACUUAAAACGGUAAAGGGAAAAUCACUCCCCAACUGCUUUAGCUGGGUAUUAUAGUCUGUCCUUGUGCAGUUUGACUCAGUGAGAUUUCUAACAUGUUUACAUGUAUUUUUAUUUACUAUUAAUGUGUGAACUUUAGUUACUGUAUGUCUGUUUUCUGUUGUCCCAGUACUAUGUUUAUGUAUUUUCUGUUUUUAUAUACGUUUUUUUAUGGACCUAUGGGUCUGUAAUACAGAGAAAAAAAAAAGUAAACCAAAUAAACUACUUUUAAUAUUGCAACAUCAUAAGCUGCAUGUAUAUUCCAGACUUUGUAGUGUCCAUAGACCAUGAUACAGAGCUGUUUUUAAAAAUGAC